UAAUAAACGAAAAUAUAUUAAGUUGUUACCAUGACAACGAACUUUGUUUAUAUUUAUGUUUUCGCCGUUAACGGAACUAAAUAUGGUUCGGAUUACCGAAGAAAUGGUUCGUAAACGAGCCGAACAUAACGAAGGAGAAAUAUUUAACUUGGAAGAAAUAUCGUUGCACCAAGAAAAUAUCGAAAGGAUUGAAAAUCUAGACAAGUGGUGCAGAAAGUUAAAGAUUUUAUAUUUACACAAUAAUAUAAUACCCAAAAUAGAAAAUGUGAAUCGAUUCAAGUGUCUUGAAUAUUUAAAUCUCACACUUAAUAAUAUUUUAAGAAUUGAAAAUCUUCGAGGAUGUGAAUCACUAGAAAAACUAGAUUUAACUCUAAAUUUCAUAGCAGAGUUAACAUCGAUAGAAAAUCUUAAAAAUAAUUAUAAUUUAAGGGAGUUAUACUUAACAGGUAAUCCUUGUACUGAUUAUGAAGGAUAUAGGGAAUAUGUUGUUGCUACGUUAUUGAAAUUAGAGAACUUAGAUGGAAUGUCUAUUUCUAAAUCAGAAAGAAUUCAAGCACUUCAGAAUUAUUCAAAAAUCCGACAGAAAAUCCUUCAUCAGCAAGAACAAUAUAUCCAAAAUAAAACUAAAUCAACGACAACUACUAGUAGUGAAGAAAGCUCGGAUGAUGAUGAUAAUGAGAACGAAGAAAAGAAAUCGAGGUUUUGGAAUCAGAGUACGGAAUUUACACCAGAAUCCCGAUUAAAAAUUCAUAAACACAUUGAAAAAGAAAAGAGAAGAAGCGUGAAAAUAGAAGAAAAUAAAAAUAUAAAAAACUGUCCUCCUAUUUUGUUCAAUAAGAGUGGAAGACCUUUAAAUAUUAAUCAAGCUAAAUUGGAUUUUGUAUUAACAGAUGACGAAGAAAAUAACCAAUUUCUCUUAGAUCUGGCUGUUUAUAAGUUUCUGGAUACAUCACUGUUAGAUGUUGAUGUGCAACCUUUUCAUGUGAGAGUUUAUGUCAAGCAAAAAGUCUUUCAGCUUUGUCUUCCUGAAGAGGUUUUUACUAGCCGUUCUAAAGUUCAAAGGUCCCAAACUACAGGACACCUUCUUAUAACUAUGCCAAAGACUAAAGAAUUAUUGAAGAAGGAAAAGAAAGCUUGGAAUAAUGAAAAGAAAAAAGAGAAAUAUUUAGAAGUUACUGGGAGAAUUAUUGAUGAUAUUGAUAAAAUUGCAUCGAACCAUUCAAAAUUUUCCUCAAAGAAGAUUUUAUGUGAUGAUUUUAUAGAUGAUCCUGAUGUACCACCUUUGAUUUAAAUGCCUCUUCUUGAAACUGUCUUUGGAUUUUCAUCUUUGUUCCACUCUUAAUAUAAAAUUUUAUAUUUAUAAAGAGUAUUUGUAUAAUAUAAUUCAAAUAAAACACGAAUU